AUGACUCAGGAUGCUCAGAGAGCCUUGCAGAUGGACUACCCCUCCAUGCCUCCGGACUGUUACUACCUCGGCUACCUGGAGGAGAUUGCUCUUUCCAUGGUCACCAUCGACACGUGCUAUCAGGGCCUUGAAGGAACAACCGAGAUUGGUCAUGUGAGAACUGGUACCCCCUAUGCUCCUGGAAAGUUCUGUCAGGACACCUACUGCACUGGCAGUGUGGCUCAGCUGAAUUAUGACUGUAUCCCGGAGGAAUGCAGUCAUAGAGGGAUGUGCGACAAUAACAAGAACUGCCAUUGCCACAUGGGCUGGGAUCCUCCAUGGGAAUGUGGGAAGGAGGCCUGCCCUUCCCUGGGUCCUUGUGCCCCCUUGCUUCUGGGCCCUGAGAGGAGCCCCAGACCUGGGAGUCCCAGGUGUUCCCUUUCGGUGAUCAGCACAGAACACAGACACCUCACAAAGGAGUCUGUGCUUGGCUGGGUUUUCUUUGUUGCUCUUUUAAAAGGUGUCCAAUGUGACGUGCAGCUGGUGGAGUCUGGGGGAGACCUGGUGAAGCCAGGGGGGUCCCUGAGACUCACCUGUGUAGCCUCUGGAUUCACCAUCAGUAGCUAUGGAAUGAGUUGGGUCCGCUAGGCUCCAGGGAAAGGGCUACAGUGGGUCUCACGGAUUAAUACUGCUGGAAGUGGCACAUACUACACAGACUCCAUGAAGGGCCGAUUCACCAUCUCCAGAGACAACUCCAAGAACACGCUGUAUCUGCAGAUGAACAACCUGAGGGCCGAGGACACGGCCACAUAUUACUGUGCAAGAGACAUGGUGACUGAUGGCAAAAAAAAGAACCAGAAUAGCUAA